AUGGAUGAACGCGACGGGGUCGAAUAUCCUGAACAACAAUCUCAACAUAGACAAUCAUUAGUGAAGAAGAAUAAGAGUGAAAUAAAACAAGAGAAAAAAAUGUCAAAAACUGAAAGCCGUUUUAAAUCUAAACUUGAAUCUUUAAAAAAACUUCAACAUUCAGCAUCAACAAAUAGUGCUGUUGAAAAAGCACGAGCAUUUUUUCGCUCGUUAGAACUUAAACAUCUAGGUGGAAGUAGUAAUCAUGAACAAUCAUCAUCAUCAACAUCAUCUCGUCGACGUGUUCCUACUACUACUACAACAACAACUACUAAUAACAAUAAUAAUAUUAAUUUAUCUUCAUCUGGAAAAUUUCCUCUUCCUUCUUCAAUGUCUUCAUCAAGUUCAUCGUCAAUUAUUGACGAUAGUCAUAAUACAAUGUCAAUAACGACGACAAAUGAUUCGUCGUUUAAUACAAAAAUUCCUGCUGAUGGUAUUGCAACAGCAAGACUUAUCCGAGUUAUUAAUCCAAAUUAUUCCAAUUCAAAUGAUAUGAUUAUAAAUCGAGUUCUAAAUAAUGAACAAAAUGAUCAUCAAUUACCAGCAUCACAUUUAAAUUUUCAACAUAUAUUAAUGGAUAAGAAUAUUCAAUUACCUAAACAAUAUUAUAAUGAACGAAGUCAAAGUUAUUCUGUAGCAAUGGAAAAACAUCGAGAAAUACAACAACCAAAAUACGAUUCCCGUGCACUUUCGCCUACAGCUGCUAUAAAUGCUAAUAUAAUAUAUUCAAGUCAUAAUUAUCCAAAUACACCACCUUCAAAUCAUUCAAAUGUAAACAAUAGAAAUAUUGCAAAUAACCAAAUGUCAAGUUCAUUAUAUAAUUAUCGACCAUUAGUUUGUCGUCGUGGAGAAUCUCCAUCAUUAAUGUCAUCAUCAUUUCAUGAACAAUCACCUCGUGUAGUAGAUUCUGUCAUUCGGCCAAUACCAUCAUCAGCAUCAUCAUCAUCAAUGUCAACAUGGACACAAAGUGUUCGUCGUCUUAAUACAGAAUAUACAUCAACAAUAAAUGCUCUUCAACAAGCUAAAGAAUCUUUUCAUGGUCCAACAGAUAAAAUUUCUAAAUAUGCUAAUUUAGUUGCACGUGGAAUUAAUAAUCUUUCAAAUAAUGAAUCAAAAAAAUCCUUAGGUGUAACAUUUUGUUUAACAGCACCAUUAUCUCCAGAUUCUCCUUCAUUAUCACAUACAUCAACAAAUUCAGUUCAACAAAGCAAAACACUUCCAUCAAAUAUGUUUUGUAAACCUAAAAUAGUACGUCCAUUAGAUUUAAAUACAUUUAUUCCAUCAAUACCAUCAUUACCAAAAUUAGAAUCGAUUUCAUCUAAUAUUGAAAGAGAUAAUGAAAUUGAUUCAAUUGCUAAUAUUAUUAAAAAAUUUAAUAAUCUUAAUCCUACAUCAUCUUCAUUAAAAUCUUCGAUGUAUAUGGAUAAUAAUACUGAUUUAUUAUUAUCUCAAUUGAAUAAGGAACAACAAGAAAGUUUACCACAAAUAUUUAUGUUUGAUUCAGUUCAAAAUAAAAAAGAUCAAUCAAAUAUUUCUUCAUUAACAUCAUUAACUGAUAUUAAUCCUUCAUAUUCAAUUUCAACUCCUCGUGUUCAUUUUGAACCAUCAAUAACAACUUAUGAAAUAGAAGAUAUUCCAUAUGAAUCUCCACCAUCAUCUUUAACAACCUCAUCAUCGUCUACCUCUUCAUCGUCAUCAUCACCAUCAUCGUCAGCUUCAGAAGAUACAACUAGUAGUAGUUCAUCAACAUCAACUGAUGAAAAUCAAAUUUAUGAACAUACUGAAUCAGAUAAUAUUAUUCAAGAAGAAACAACAUAUACUAUUGAAACAUUUUAUAAAAGUUCAAACAAUCAUAAUAAUCAUAUUAAUAAUAUUAACAAUAAUAACAAUAUUAUUAAUAAUAAUAAUAAUAAUAAUAAUAAAGUAAAUUCAUCACCAAUUAAUCAACAAGUUGUUGUUAUUCGAGAAAAUACAACGGAAGAACAAUUUAAUUUAGCACGAGAAAAACAUCAUCAUGAGAAAAUAUCAAAUUAUGAAAAACCAACAUCUCAACGCACAUAUACAUUGAAUGAAACCGAAGUUCCACCAUUAACAACACCAUUAUUAACUUAUCUAAAUUCAACAUCUAAACAAACAGCACCAACGUCAUCCAUUUCAGAAAAACAACAAAAUCAUCAUCAUUCAAUUGAACCAUCAACACAAAUCACAAACGAUUUUACCUCGUAUGAUUAUCAUGAUGAAGAUGAUGCGACAAUUCAUGAUGUUAUUGCAGUCAAUCCUCAUACACACUCACCACCAUCUCAUUGUUUAACUAGUAGUUCAUCAUCAACUAGUACAGCAUCAUC